AUGAAGGUGAAGGUAUAAAGAUUUUGUUUAAAUUUGAGUUGCUAAGAUUUAAGAUCUUAGUUCUGUCUUUAAUGUACAGCUAAUCCAACGAAAGAUAACAAUUGUAAGAAAGACUUAAAAGGAUUUGGUUAAAUUUAAAGUUUUGGUACCAAAUUCAAUUAACAUAAAUGUGAGUUAACAAAUGAAGUGAAUAAAUACUUUGGAUAAGUCAAAAUAAAAUAUGAAAAUUUUCAAAAUAAUUGUAGAACAUGA